ACCCAGCCUUCUUUCUCUCAGCUCACUGUCUCGGCGGCUCGAACUGCUGCCGGUUGUUUUUAGUUUCUCUGAGUUUAUAUUGGAGGAGGCCAACUGUUGCUUUUCUUUUUUCUUUUCAGUUUAAAUUGACAUGACAGUUUGCCGCUUUUUAAUGGCGACGACAGGAAUUGGCUUUCAAAUGACUGACUUUUCCAAACCUUACACUUGACGUUGGUGGUAGCCCACCUGGACACGCCAUGAGGGGACGUGUUUUUCGAAUAUUUAACUUGUAUCACUAGCAGCACCCAGCGGACAAGGUACUGAAGCGGUUCUCUGUUGUUGAUCAAAGUUAAUUUGUGGACAAAACAUUCAUCAUGGUUGGUGUGGAGAGCGCAGAUUUGGCCCCUACAGUCGCUGUCAAGGUCUUUUCAGCUGGAGCAGCUGGCUGUGUGGCCGACCUGGUCACUUUCCCCCUGGACACAGCCAAAGUCAGACUGCAGAUUCAAGGUGAGUCCAAGCCUCCUUCUGGGGGCCAGAGGGCCAAAUACAGAGGUGUGUUCGGUACCAUCUCCACCAUGGUGAAGACCGAGGGCCCGAGGAGCCUGUACAGUGGACUGGUGGCUGGACUGCAGAGGCAGAUGUGUUUCGCCUCAGUCCGCAUCGGCCUGUAUGACACCAUGAAGCAGUUCUACACCAGGGACUCAGACAAUGCAGGAAUUGGGGCUCGGCUGCUGGCAGGCUGCACCACUGGAGGGAUGGCGGUGGCCUUCGCUCAGCCAACAGACGUAGUGAAGGUCAGGUUUCAGGCUCAGAUCCGCCUGCCUGAGAGCGGCUCUGUGAAGAGGUACAACAGCACAAUCGAUGCCUACAAAAGCAUUGCCAGAGAUGAGGGCUUCAAAGGGCUCUGGAAAGGUUGCCUGCCAAACAUCACUCGUAAUGCCAUCGUAAACUGCUCCGAGCUGGUGACCUAUGACAUCAUUAAAGAGCAAAUCCUGAAGUCCAACGUGAUGACAGACAACAUGCCGUGUCACUUCACAGCCGCCUUCGCAGCAGGUUUCUGCACCACCAUCGUAGCAUCUCCAGUGGAUGUGGUGAAAACACGCUUCAUGAAUUCAAGGCCUGGGCAGUACAGCGGUGCUUUGAAUUGUACCUUUACCAUGCUGAUCAAUGAGGGACCCACAGCGUUCUAUAAGGGAUUUAUUCCAUCGUUUCUCCGUCUGGGCUCCUGGAACAUCGUCAUGUUUGUGAGCUUCGAGCAGAUUAAGAGAGCUGUGAUGCGAUGUCAGCAGUCCUGGGAGUCUCCGCUCUGACCUGUCUGACAACUGCUUUGGCACUGGAGUGGUGUAACUGGUAACAGGACAGACAUCAUCACGCAGCACGUGCCUCACAGGGACAGUAAUGACUGCUGCUGGUACAGACCUGUUUUUCCUCAGGGUUAAAACUGAAUGUUUUGUUUAAGGUGACAUUUUAUUUUUCUCAUGAAUACUGUAUGUGAAAAAUGCAUACUUAUAUAUGAAUUCUUGAGAUGCAAUUAAUGUGUAUUAUCAUUAUGGAUCAACAGCUUGUUAAAUGCACAGUGUGUAAAUUGCGUCUCAGGUGGCUCUCAAUCGAAACAAUAACAAAAGAUGACGUCGAGGUUUGAGGGGGCUACUCCACCCCCCACCCCCGAUGAAAACGAACUCUGAAUUGACCAUAGUCCAGACGAACGGGCGAAAACAGACCUUAGGAAGAUAAUAUGUUUACUGACGAGCUAAUGUAUCCAGGUACGAUUUACAUGACGUUUAUAUCCCACUAGCACAUCCAGCAACAGUACAGCAGCUGUUAGCCUCAGUCUUAGACGUAACAUCCGGUGUUUCCAUAGCAACGCGACAAAACACGUCCAGUUACAACUAUAAGAUUUCUCGUAGGUUGAGUCCAUUUGUAACUAAUUUAGAUUUUUUUUGUGUAAGAAUUCUUCAUAUUGUAUCUUUUACUUAUAUAAGUUAUAAAAUAAACCCAAUAUUAUGCCUGAUGCCUUGUAAUGAC